AUGUCCGCAAAUAUAGGCGCCAAGGGCGGCAAAUUCACCUACUGCGUCGGCAGUCCGACGUUCCAUCCGGACGAGUACGCCAAGGACACCGCGCGCCGCGAAAGAGCCAACGAGCUCCUCGCCAAGGACGACCUCUACGGCGCCACCGUCGUCUCCUUCAACCUCCCGAGCGCGACACCUAUGUCUACCACGCCAUGA